AUGCUGCCUCGACCUCGUCAACCAAAUUUAUAUCAUGGCGGACCAGAAAGCAUGGAUGAGAAAACCUAAUACUGUGAAUAAGUUGGGUUUUCCAUGUUUGUCGUACUCAAAGGCUAUCGAUUUUAUAAAUUCUGGAAAUUCAUGCCUUGUAGAGGUCGAACAACAAAGACAAAUCAGCUUAGCUCCGCGAUAUAUCGGACAGUUGGAUGUUGGGAUUCGAGAAUAUCUGGAUGCCGAUAUUUUGAAGUACUCAGAUGAGCUCGACGGCAUUGUCGUUUGCUAUAAACAAGUGCAGUGCCUUGAGACUAGUGGUUGCAUAAACGAUGAAACUCCAUUGAUUCAUUUUACUGUGAAAGUAAAGUAUAUCGUGUUUAGGCCUCGAGUCGGAGCCAAGCUGAAGGGAGUUGUUAACAGGGUGGGUCAUGGACAUUAUGGCUGUCUGGUUCAUGGCUGCUUUAAUGGAUCCGUUCAUAAACUAAAGAUUGACGUAGCAAAGCAAGGCAACAGAAUCAUUAAAAAGAUUUCAAAUAUCGAUGUCGGCUCAGAGUUCAUAUUUAGAAUCACGCGAUUUGAUGUUCAUAACGAUCUGUUGUCAAUCAAAGGGAAAAUUGAUCAGGAAGACAUACAACAUAUAAAAAAUCCUGACAACAAGGAAGUGGAGAUCAAAGAAGAAUAUGAUUCAUUUACCAAAACAGAUAGUCUUUCACAUAAUGCAAACGAAUCAUGUAAGGAGGAUAUUUCUCUGAACGGGGGUGUUGGUACUUCAUUUUCAAAUCACAAUGAAAUUGAAUCCCAAGAUAAUUUGGUCACAGAUGAAAAUAUUUCUAAUAAAAAGAAGAAAAGGAAAGAUAAAAACCGUGAGAACAAACGGAGACAUUCAGAGGUUACCCAAAGUAUAAAAACUGAAAAUGAAACAGAAUAUGGAAUUGACAACAAUAAACAUGUUGUAUCUAAAAAGAAGAAAAAGUAAAUUUUGGAUUUUAAGUAUUAUAUAUAAGUUUUUAUCA